CUGGGCAGUGGUGGUGGACAGCUGAGCCCAUGGAGCAUUUGGAGGAGGGCGGGAAUUAGAGUGUGGUUUGGGAGGCAGUCAGAGACACAGAAGGCAGUCGGGAAGUAGUUGUCCUUGAGGAAUUUCUGUUAGUAAUGGAAAAUGUUGAGGCUCAGGAUUGUAGAGUAGAAUAACCACGGCUCGUCUUGAUUAAAAUUUAGGUAUAGUUCUCUCAAGGUUUUUCGGUACAGUUUUGAGACAGACACGAGGGUAACGGUAAAAUCCAUGAAUUCAGCGGACGACCGACGAAACGUUAGAGCAGGACACAGAAAUGGAGGGGGAACGGUGACAGGAUUUGUCCACAAAGGCCAUUCUCCUCAUCCGUCCCUAGAUGAUUCACUGGAGGGAGAGAUUCGGGCUUUCCUCACCGAUGAAGACCAACUCCAUACUUAUGACGACCUCACGAAAGUCAACCCUGUGACCCCUACAACAGUGCUGAAAUGCCUGCAGGCCAGGUACCGCGUGAAGGUGUUUUACACCCAUGCUGGCUGCACCUUGGUGGCUCUCAACCCCUUCCAGCCAAUCCCAGACCUCUACUCUCUGGAUGUGAUGAAGGAGUAUCACUGUGCUUCUCAGCCCCAGGAGUUCAAACCACACAUCUUUAUUGUGGCAGAGGAGGCCUACAGGAAUGUUCAGGGUCAGCUGGAGCCAGUGAACCAGUCCUUGGUGGUCAGCGGUGAGAGUGGAGCAGGAAAGACAUGGACAUCUCGUUGCCUGAUGAAAUACUAUGCCACUGUGGCGGCCUCCUCCUCAGUGUUGAAGAGUCAGGACACAGUGGAGAGGAUAGAGAGGAGGGUGCUGGACUCCAACCCCAUCAUGGAAGCUUUUGGAAAUGCCUGCACGCUGCGGAACAACAACAGCAGCCGCUUUGGAAAGUACAUCCAGCUCCAACUAGACAGGUGUCAGUUGUUAGUUGGAGCUUCUGUGCAAACAUAUUUACUGGAGAAGACCAGGGUGGCCUGCCAGCCAGCGAACGAGAGGAACUUCCACAUUUUUUACCAGAUGAUGAAAGGAGCCACAGACGAACAGAGGAAGGAGUGGAAGAUGUCACAUGACCAACGUUUUGUUUGGCUGCCAAAAGCUGAAAAAACCAUUGAGGAGGAUUGUUUUCACGACACCGUCGAGGCAAUGGUUCAUCUGGGCAUUAAUGCAGAAAAGCAGAGACAAAUAUUCAAGAUACUAGCAGGGAUUCUGCAGCUGGGGAAUGUGAAUUUCUCCUCUUCAACAGAUGAGUCACAACCUUGUAACCUACAAGAACAGUCUAAAGACUUCUUGCAGAGGGCCGCUGAGCUGCUGUGUGUCCCUGCUGAGGAGCUUCAGCUGUGUUUAAGAGUGAGGACUCUGAAGGCGGGAAAGCAGAGCGUUCUCAAGCCCUGUUCCCAGGCAGAGUGCAGCAUGAGGAGAGACUGCCUGGCAAAGGUCAUCUACGCCCAGUUAUUUGAAUGGUUGGUGACAUUCAUCAACAACAGCAUAUGUGCAGACAAAUCAACAUGGUGCAACUUCAUAGGAGUCCUAGAUGUGUAUGGGUUUGAGUGUUUCCAGAUCAAUAACCUGGAGCAGCUGUGCAUCAACUACGCCAAUGAGAAACUGCAGCAGCACUUUGUGGCCCAUUAUCUCAGAGCUCAACAGGAGGAGUAUGUGUCAGAGGGGUUGCAGUGGUCCUUUGUGAAAUACCAAGACAACCAGAGCUGUCUGGAUCUUAUAGAGGGGAGCCCAGUCAGUGUGUUCUCUCUUCUUAAUGAGGAGAGUCGUCUUAAUCGAGCCUCAGAUGCCAAGACGUUUAAGGUUCGUUUGGAGAAGGAGCUCUGUGAUAAUGUCAACAUCAGCUGGGACAAGUUCAGCAAGGUGCCACACUUCACUGUGGCCCAUUACGCUGGCAAAGUCAACUACCAGAUACAGGGCAUGGUAGAGAAAAACAAGGACCCAGUGCCACCAGAGCUCAUCAGCCUGCUUCAGAAGUCUGAGAACGCCCUGCUUCACCAGAUAUUCACUGACAGGGAAGCUGAGAACAUGACUAGCAAGGGGCUCAGCAAAGUCACUGUGGUCUCCAAGUUCAAGAACUCUCUGGAGAGCCUGAUGAAGAUCCUCCACACCACUACUCCUCAUUACACUCGCUGCAUCAAACCAAACCCUGACUGCAAGCCACUGACCUUCAAAAAGGAGGAGGUUAUCAUGCAGCUGGAGGCCUGUGGGAUUGUAGAGACCAUACACAUUAGUGCUGCUGGCUUCCCAAUAAGAAUUCCUUUCAAGAGCUUCAUGGAACGUUAUGGACUGAUUGCAAAAUACUCAGGGUCCAAGUCAGAGAGUCAUUGUGUUGAUUUGGAGGCUCUCAGCGAUGACAUGCGAGAGGUGGAGAAGCUCGUCAGAGUGGUGUUACAGCACCAGGGUUUAGACCCAUCACGCUGCCUUGAUGGUGAAAAACACAAUUCGUGGGUGCACUGUGGAAGGACUAAAGUUUUUCUCACCCAGUCAAUGCUAGAUUUGCUGGAGGAUCAGAGGAAGAGGAUCCUGUCUCAGUGCGCCUUCUCCAUUCAGUGCUGCUGGCUGCGGUACCAGCGCCGUAGACGCCAGGCCCGCCGGCAGUCUGCUACUCUGAUCCAAGCAGUGGUGCGGUCCUGGCUGGUCAGGAGGCAGGUCCAGAGAUGGAACAGAGCAGCUGCAGUCAUCCAGAACACCUGGAGGAAGUGGAGGGCUCUGUUGAAAUCCUUGGCUGAGGCAGAACUUGACGAUGCAAAGGACCUUGUGAAAGAAGACGUGCCAGUGUUGAACCCUGUUGUCAGGGAACGGGGCUCGGUGCAGCUUUCCACCAUCCAGGAGCCCGUCACAGUGCGAGGGUGGCCCAUGGGUCUGGCUCUGGCCUCGGCCCCGUCCAUCACCAUGUCUCUGACAGCCACUGGCUUCCAGAAGAUGAUGUCUGUGAUGGCCUCACUCAACCUGCCCUCCAGGAGUGGGGAGUACAAGGUGGAGACUAACCAGUACACACAGGGGGUCGCCUCCAUCCGGGCUCAACCCAAGGGGUCUGUAAAGCUGCACUACCAGCGAUCUCCACUUCUCUAUGCUGACAGGCAACCAGACCUGAAGAGUGACGUGACAGGGUUCAAUGAGAUCCUGCUUGAGAAAACUUUGUAGGAGUUCCUCUUUUUCAGAAUACUAAAGGCUGAAUUUCAUGGAUCAUGGAGGGAACAAACCUGCUAUUUUAUGCUGCCAUUUCCCAUGUUUGUGCAUCGAACUUAAAACGGUAACUGACUUUUUUAAGAAUGCCAGGGUUUAUCUCGCUCAAUGUUAUCCAAGGGUGUUAAGACUUUGCAUAAGAAUUAUUUUUAACCUAACAGGAGGUCAUUGAAGAUAUUGCAGUGCACUACAAACUUGACCUUAGUAUCAGAAAUCAUCAGCAGCAGUGGCUUUAAAACUCAAAAAUCAUCUUAAAUUUAAAUCUCAGUCAGUGGACAGUUUAGAAACACUGC